GGAAGGGAGGCCGGAUGUGAGUGGAGCGGCCAUUUCCUGUUUCUCUGCAGUUUUCCCCAGCUUUGGGUGGUGGCCGCUACCCGGCUUCGGUUUCUAGUCCGCGGAGGGCGAGGCGGCGCGGACAGCAGUCCCAGCAACCCGCGUCCCGCCCGGCUGCCGCUUCCCGAGCCCGUCGCUUCCCGCCUCAGCGCCCGGCCGCCGCGGUGUAGCGAGCGGCCGAGAUGCAGGCCAUUAAGUGUGUGGUGGUGGGAGACGGAGCUGUAGGUAAAACUUGCCUACUGAUCAGUUACACAACCAAUGCAUUUCCCGGAGAAUAUAUCCCUACUGUCUUUGACAACUAUUCUGCCAAUGUUAUGGUAGAUGGAAAACCAGUGAAUCUGGGCUUAUGGGAUACAGCUGGACAAGAAGAUUAUGACAGAUUACGUCCCCUCUCCUAUCCGCAAACAGUUGGAGACACGUAUGGUAAGGAUAUAACCUCCAAGGGCAAAGACAAGCCGAUUGCCGAUGUGUUCUUAAUUUGCUUUUCCCUUGUGAGUCCUGCAUCAUUUGAAAAUGUCCGUGCAAAGUGGUAUCCAGAAGUGCGACACCAUUGUCCCAACACUCCCAUUAUCCUUGUGGGAACAAAACUUGAUCUUAGGGAUGAUAAAGACACGAUCGAGAAACUGAAGGAGAAGAAGCUGACUCCCAUCACCUAUCCACAGGGUUUGGCCAUGGCCAAGGAGAUCGGUGCUGUAAAAUAUCUGGAGUGCUCGGCUCUCACUCAACGAGGCCUCAAGACAGUGUUUGAUGAAGCUAUCCGAGCAGUUCUCUGCCCACCUCCUGUCAAGAAGAGGAAGAGAAAAUGCCUGCUGUUGUAAAUGUCCAAGUCCUUAGUUCUUGAUCCUGUCCCUUGGAACCUUUGUAUGCUUUGCUCAAAAAACGGUGGAGCCUUCGUACUCAAUGCCAAGUUUUUGUUACAGAUUAAUUUUUCCAUAAGACCAUUUUGAACCAAUCAGUAAUUUUAAGGUUUUGUUUUAAAUGUAAAAGUUCAAAUUCACAUCAUAUUAAAAUUUAGCCCCAAAAUGACAAGCCUUCUUAAAGCCUUAUUUUUCAAAAGCCCCUAUCCUUGCUCAGAUUAAAAGUUGCCAAAAUACCUUCUGAACUAAGUUGUGGUGUUGUGCUAAGAACACUAAGCACUAAACUGUUGAAAGACCUUUGUAAGAAGACUGCAGCUUCUGAAAUCAGGAGGUGUGCACACUAUCCAAGUAGCUUUCAGAUCGAGUGAAGCAGAACAGCCUCCUUAAUGACAUGCUGCUGUGUAACGCGUCAGUAACUUCUCAGCCCAUGUUCAUUCUGUACCUUUGUACUGUAUGUCAUAAUGGAAUGGGUAUAACAGCUCACUCUUUGGGUCAGUCUUUUUGAUUUCAUAGUGAGGGUUUUUAAAUCAUUUACUAGCUUUUACUGAGACUUCGAACAGGACUCAUUCUCUUGUUUGCUCUAAUCAAGUAUUCUGUCUUUAGUUGUGGGUGUGCUGGGUGGAGUGUGUGAGACAUAACGAGAUCAAAGGAUGACAGUAUUUUGACAAAAUAUGAAGUAGAGAUUAAUUUACACUACAUUGUACAUGAAAUAACAAUAAAAAGUGUCACGGGUAAAGAUUUUUAAGGUUAAUUUCUGUCAAAUGCAGUAGAUGAUGAAGAAAGGUUGGUAUUAAUCAGUGUCUUUUGUUAAGCUUUUUCCUACCCUUGGCCCUCCCUCCCAAAAUUGGGCAUUUAAUUCAUCUUUGAACUGGUCAUUCCCAUAGUUGCUAAUAGUAAGUGCUUUUCUAAUAGAACCCCUUCUUAAUGAGCAAUAUGCCUAUUUGUACUAUAAAAUCUUUCGGUAAUGCAUUAGAAGUUUUUUUGUAGGUUAGAAGUGCAUUCUUAUUUUCACGUUACUUUAUUCAAAGCUAAUUAAGUGCUUUCUUUAGUCUCCUAGUAACUAGGUGUAAAAAUCAUGUGUUGCAGCUUUACAGUUUUUAAAAUAUUUUAGAUAUUCUUAAAAACUAUGAACCUUCUUAACAUCACUGUCUUGCCAGAUUACCAACACUGUCACGUGACUAAUACUGACUUUGACCCUGUUUACCUCACCCACACGGACACAGGCUUCCUGUCGUGGCUUUGCCUAACAAUCUCCUUUGGGUCUGUGAGGUUCUGUAAACUGUGCUAGUGCUAAUGAUGUUCUGUACAACUUAACUCACUGGCGAGGACACAAUGUCAGACCUUUCAACCACUAAAACAAAAUUUUUUUAAUUGACAGUUGCAGAAUUGUGGAGUGUUUUUACAUUGAUCUUUUGCUAAUGCAAUUAGCAGUAUGUUUUGCAUGUAAGACUUAAUAAAUCCUUGAAUCAUA